AUGCAUCUUGGUGAAAUUGACUCUCUGUCGGGCUCACCAGCAGCUGCAAGUCCACCUCAACUAGUCAAGACCUUUGACGCUGGCAUAGUGGGUGGAGACGAGUAUGGCGCGCUCACCGGGUUUGCACAAACAGGCGACGCCCAGCCCGUGUUUGCACCCGCCAACACAGUUCCUUUGGAGCGGCGGAAGAAAGUCAUCAUCGUCGGUGGAGGCAUCAAUGGAAUACAACAGGCUUCCAUACUCUUACGUGAUGGUCAUGUAAAUCUUCAAGACAUCCAGCUCUUUGACGCUUUGAAUGGCUACGGCGGCGUCUGGCAGAAGAACAAAUAUCCCGGCUGUGCAUGCGAUGUCCCGGCCAUGAUCUAUACCACUUCGUACAACAUAAACAAGAAUUGGACGCACUUCUAUGCCAAGCGAUCGCAGAUCGAGGCCUACUACACGGAGUUUGCACAUGAGUAUCAACUCGAGCAAAGCACCCAGUUCGAAAGUUUCGUCAAACAUUGCGCUUGGGAUGAAGAGCACAUGGUCUGGCACGUCGGCGUUUUAAACAAAGUUACCCGAGAGACUGAGCAUUGGCUCGCAGACAUUGUCUGCCAGUGUGUCGGAAGCCUGGACCGCCCAAAAUGGGGCAACACCCCUGGGCGUGAGAACUUCAAAGGUGUCUCAUGGCAUACUGCCUACUGGCGAAAUGACUACGACCUGACAGGCAAGAAUGUGGCUAUCAUUGGCUGUGGACCGAGUGCUGCGCAAUUGAUCCCAGAGAUCAUCGACAAGCCGAAACACUUGACGGUCUACAUGCGGACCCCGCCUGUCUGCGUUGGUCGGGGGGAUUUUGCCUACUCAUGGCUCUUUCGUUGGGCUUGUAGAUGGGUACCUAUGUUUGCCUGGUUCAUUCGGAUGAGAAUGAACCUCCGAAUGAUGCGAUUUGGUCGAAGGAUGGCCACAGACGGAGAUCCGUUGAACGACUCGAUGACCGCAACUGCGGUGAAGUUUAUGGAGUCGCAGAUCUCAGAUCCCGUGUUGCGUGAAAAGGUCCGACCCAAUUCCAAAUAUUACUGUAAGAGACCACUACGGCUUGACAACUUCUAUACAUCACUUGCGAGACCCAACUGUACCGUUCUCCGCGAGAACCUCGUUCGCUAUACUGAACACGGUGUGGUAUCUGCCGAUAAGAUAACCGGGCAGGAAGUCGAACGACCGUACGACGUCAUUAUUUUCGGUACCGGAUUCAACGUGGCACAAUUCCUGGAGCAUGAAACAGUAACAGGUCUCAAUGGACUCGAUCUCCAAGAAAAAUGGAAGGACCACCCCGAAGCCUUAUAUGGCUUGGCUACGAGCGAGUUCCCAAACAUGUUCUACUGCUUCGGACCUAACUCGGCACACGUCUGGUCAUCGCAGCAGGAUAACUGGGAGCAGCAAGCACGCUUCGCUGCAAAGGUGGUGAGGGAGUCUGUUUUACGCGCGAGAAAGGGAGUCAAGUUUGCGAUGCAUCCAAACAGGGUCGCCGAGCGGAGAUACAAUGACGAAGUGCAGAGAGCACAGGAGGGGAAGUUCGUGUGGACCCGACCAGAUUGCGUCACGUAUUAUAAGAACGAUGCUGGCUGGAAUACAUACACGAUGCCGUGGACUUGGUGGCAGUUCCGGCGGAUGCUGGCGAGGAUCAACUGGAGCGAUUGGGAAUUCAUAGAGAAACCGCUGGAGAAAGUGGCGAUUGACAGAUAUUGA